CUCAGGUUUCCGCUUCCGGUUGUGUAGUAAACAGAGCAGUGAGACUUGAAUUUGGUUCUGUUGGGCUUUUGAAAGUAAAUGUCAAUGGUAUUUAUUACUCAGUCAUUUGAUUAUGACCCAACAUAAAAGAAUGGGAUGGCUGCUGAAAAAGGUUGUGAAAGUACUGGCGUUUACAGUGACUAUAUUUUCAUGGGCGAACCAUUUUAGGAUAGCUGAUGGUGCAACUAACGAACCCAAUACAAAUUUAGAUCUCCAUCACGAAGCUAAUGAGGAAAGUGUGUCAGUCACCAAUAAUCACCUAGAUCUGCUUAGUGAAUUAAAAAUUGCUGACACUAACUCCUGCCCUUUUAAAGCCAAUGUUGAGACUGCUUGUGACAUAUUCUAUGUUUUGAUCAGUACCAUUGAUGGAAGAAUAUCAGCCCUUGAUUUACACAACAGAGGAAAAUUGGCUUGGUCUGUCGAAGCAGAUUCCAAACCUUUGUAUUCAUCUAGCUUAGCUAAUAUGGAGAUGUUUAGUAAAGGGAAGAAACUGCGGUUAAUCCCAUCCCUGGAUGGAGCCCUGUAUCAGUUUGAUGGGGAAAAGGUUGAAGCUGUUCCAAUGUCUGCAGAAAGUCUUCUCUCCUCAACGUAUCGUCUCAGUGACGACUCCAUGAUUGUGGGCAGUAAAGAGCUCCGCAACUUUGGAGUUGAUAUCCAUUCAGGAGAGAUCCAGUUCUCAUGCAGCAGUGAAGGCUGCACAAGAAAAGCAUCGGAGGCCAGAGAUGAGCCCAUAGAUGGCAGCAGUGUGCUGGUAGUAACACGUAGUACUCAAGUUAUCCGCUCUGUGGAUAUAAAAAAUGGGCAUGAAAAAUGGAAUUUCAGUGUUGGGCAGCAUCAAGUGAGUCUACCACCUAAAACCAAGCCAACUGUAAUGGAGGAUGAAGAUGCUGGAAAUGAUAAUGAAGAUAAUAUUAACGCAAGAAGCGAAAAGACUGGCAACUACAACAUUCCAAUGUUUACAACUUCUGCUGAAUGUCCUAGUGAAGAAAUAUUCUCUGAAGAUCUUGAGUACGAAAACUAUUUACGUCUGGUAGUUCCAGAGGGAAGAGUGGUUGCCCUUAACAAAAUGGAUUUAACACAAGUCUCGUGGGAGCACAAAUUUGACAGCCCCAUUGCUAAAGCAUGGUUGCUUCGUCAUGGAAAACUAGAGCCUAUGAGCUUAUUUGAUGCUAGACAUGUGCCAAGCCUUGAGACAUUUGAACCAGAUGAUAUUGAGAAUGAAAGUGUGCAACAGCCGUUGCUUUAUAUAGGUUCUCAUCACAAACUGCUGUAUAUUCAAGCAUCACCUCAUAUGGAAACACUGCUGAAGCAAUUCACCCAUCGCCGAAUAGGUCAUGUUUUUGAUAGUGACGUUAAAGUUUCUUGGAGACCAUAUUUAAACACAGCUUCUGUGAGAACUCCCAUUUUCAGAGGCAACAGGCCUCAAUAUAUUGGCCAACAGAAACCCAUAUAUGAUAGUCCUCAUAAAGAUAUAACAUCACUUACUGUAUGGCAUGAAGAUUACCCUUUUGAUACUGGCUACUUUUUGUAUCCUGAAUUCCGAGACUCAAGGUCAAGAAAGCGUGGAGGGGUGAUGCUUAUUGAAGAUAUGAAAUCUAAGGAAGAACCAACAGGCAUAGUGAACAAUAUAUCAGCCUCAGUUUGGGUGCAUUGGAAAGCUAUUACCCUUGUAAGCGUUGUUAUGUCAGUUAUUGUGCAUUUAACUUUGACCAAGUUCACAAAGACAGCCUCGUCAAAACUAAAAGUUGAGCAGACUGUUGAAAAUAAAACAAGUUCAGGCAGUGAAACUGUUUUGAACCUUUCUGAUAGUUAUCCCAUACUUCCUGUUCAAAAUUGUGGCGAAUACAUUUCAAGAUUUGAAAGUGACUUUGACUGCCUCCAUUGCCUUGGUAAAGGUGGAUUUGGUGUUGUGUUUGAAGCGGUGAACAAAGUUGAUGACCAGCACUAUGCUGUGAAGAGAACAAUGCUUCCCAAAAGUGAAGGGGCAAAGGAAAAAGUUUUGAGGGAAGUGAAGGCUCUUGCUAAACUAGAACAUAUUGGUAUAGUGAGAUACUUCAAUGCCUGGGUGGAAGCGCCACCUGUGGGCUGGCAGGAAGAAAGAGAUAAGCUGCUUCAGUUGAGUGAUGCUUCAGGGACAUUUUCCUACAGUAAUAAAACUCCUAUCUCAGAACUGAAGUAUAAUAAUGAAUUAUAUGACACAUUUGAGAAGGAAUCAAAGGAUUUCCCAAGAAAGCGUUUUUAUGCAGAAAAAACACUGUUUAAAGUAAGCUGUAAAAAUGACAAUUCUUCACUGUCAGAUGAUAGUGGAAGUGAAGUAUUUGAUGUGCAGUCUAGCAAAAAUGACUUUUUUGGUACCAAGUCAAACUUGUCUAAAUCUCACUGUAAAUUAAUCUCCUAUGGGUUUGAUUUAGCGAGCGAGGAGACUGGUUUAACCCAGGAAUUUGAUGAGAGCAAGUCCAGCAUUCCUUUUUCAAACUAUACUUCCAAUUCUUGGACACAUUCCUCUAAUGCAGACCUUGAGUCUCAAGAAGCAAGUGUUGUGUUUGAACUCUCUGCUGGUAAAAAUGCUGAUUUACCAGCUGAAGACACGGGGAAUGAGGACAGUAUCAUUUUUGAAAACUCUGCAGGCUCCAAUAAAUCAAAUAGUUUAUUAUCAAAACAUUCCAGCCCUAAAUUAAAUAAUGCUUUAAGUUUAUCUACGAGCACAAAUGCACCCGUGCGUCUUGACAGUAGGUCAGCUUCUUUGUCUCAACAUGAAGAUAAUCUGGUUGAGAAAGUUGACAAAGUAGAGAAUAGCAGGGCACCCCAACAGUCAGCAAGAUGUUUCUUAUACAUUCAGAUGCAGCUAUACCGAAAGGAGACCCUAAAAGAUUGGCUGGCUAACAAUACAUUAAAUCGUAAUCGUGAAACAAUCUUGGACAUAUUUGAUCAGAUUGUUUGUGCUGUUGAAUAUGUUCAUAGCUGUGGACUGAUGCACAGAGAUCUAAAACCUUCCAACAUCUUUUUUUCUGCUGAUGGUAUUGUUAAAGUUGGUGAUUUUGGUUUAGUGACAGCUCUUAAUGCACAAGAAGAUGAGAACAAAGCUUCAUCAAAUAGCCCAUUGUCGGACAGGCACACAGCUGAAGUUGGUACAACAAUGUACAUGAGCCCAGAGCAGAUUGCCAAAAAGAAUUAUGAUUUCAAAAUAGAUAUCUUUUCUUUGGGUUUGAUCUUCCUUGAACUCUGGAUACCAUUCUCAACGCAAAUGGAGAGGAUAAGAACAUUACAGGAUGCUAAACAACACAUUUUACCUCCAAGAUUUAUUCGAGAAUUACCUUCAGAGAGUCAGCUAGUUUGUGAGAUGACCAGUGAAGAGCCAUCACAAAGACCAACCACUAAACAAAUUUUAGACCAUCAGCUCUUCAAAGAUGUUGUACCCAACAGAGCCAAACAAAGAAAGAGAACGCAUUCUGAAAACUUAACUGGCCAAUCAGCACAUUCAGAAAGCUUAACUGGCCAAUCAGGCUCAUGAUUGUCCAAUCUGUUUGUACACCAUUGUUCAUGUUUUCAGCUCUUUCAUAUGAUUUGUUCAUUUUCCUAGCAAAACACAUUCAUGCUUAUUUGCCUCUUGGGUUCAGUUUGCAUAUAUAUGAACUUUGACUACUUUACAAUCAACUUAAGAUGGGUCUCAUCUCAUUGCAUGAAAGAUAGAGGGGAGGCAUAGUAAAACAUGGUUUUAGGUAAUUUGUUUACAUAUUUGAUGUACAGCAUUGUUCAUCCAAUUAGCAUAAAUGGUGAGAGACAGGUGAGGCUCUUUCAGGGGGAAAAGUAUGUAUAAAUGUGCUUAGAGAAUUAUAACUUGAAUGAAAUUAUACCUCUAUGCAAUCUGUCGUAAGAAUAGAUGUUGACCACUGUUGUCAGCAAGCUGUAGUAUUUUCAAAACACAUAUUGAUUAUUCUCUUGCUUUUUAAUGCAUUCAUUUAUUUUACAACUUGAAAUGAAAAAAAAAAAAAAAAACUUAUGUAGAAUAUUAGAUUGGAGAUUUAAACAAAUAAGUGGUCUGUAUGAAAGUAAUGAAGCUCAAAAUAGACGCAUUAAUUAAAUCAGCUGAUUUAUUCCAUGAUAGCAUUAACAAAUGAGAAUACAAAUUGUAAUGAGUUGCUCAUUGUGAAUAUGUAUAUAUAAUAGUUUGCCAUAUAUGACUUUUGUUGUAGAUGUUAUAAUGACCAAUUUUACUUUGUGAAGAUCCUCAAUAACAAAAUAAUCACAUUUUCUUUUCUACAAAAUAAUGAAUGGAAAGUCUUUUGGUUUUAUUUAUUGCUUGUACAAGAUGGCUCAAAAUAUUCUUUUGAAGGUUCCUCCAUAUUCGCCUUUGGCUUUGAAAUGUAUAGAGAAAUGAAUUUUCCCAAAAAGUCAUAAAUAUAAAUGACAUGGCUUCUAAAAUCACAUCCUUAAUGUUUUACUAAGGAAUAGAAUGUUAUGUUGUACUUGAAUUGAAUGUACUUGAAUGUGUCAAUGCAUGGCCAAGUUUAAUUGUAAAAAAAAAAAAAAAAUCAAGAAAGCUUUAAGAAUAUAUUUUUUUUAAUUUUUAUUAACAGAAAAUCUUUUUUUCAACAAAUAACAUUUAUUUAAGAUUCAAUUUUUAAUUCACUUGCUUAAGCUUUGAAAGCAACUUUGACAUAAACAUAGGCUAUAAUGGCUAAAGUUUUCUUAUUUAGUAAAGAUUAUCUGAUCUGAACAAUGUACCAGACAAACAAAUGUCUCUAUGUUUGUUAAAUAAACAAAAUCUAUAUUGUUAUUUUAUUGCAAUAGCACUAAAAGAAGACUGUGAUGUUCAUUGUAUCUUUUUAUUUGCAUGUUAUUUCUGUGUUAAAUAAUAAUCUUACUGGAGCUAUUAUUUAUUCACAAGAAACAAUUGGAUGUGUUUUUCUUUUUUUGUACAGUUCUAGAAUAAAAUAUCAGUUGAAUUCAAUAAAGAUAAUGCUGUUCAUACAACAGUAGCUGCAUUUA